AUGCGCUACUCCACGAUCCUCGCGACCGCCUCCGCCGUCUUUGCUCCUUUGGCUGCCGCUGACUGGGGCUGGCCGGAAGAUCCCUUUGUUCUUCAGAAAUGCGCCGCAACCUGCAACGGGCUUGCGCCGACCUUCUCGAGGGAUAAGGUCACUGACUACUGCAACGCACUGGUGAAUGACGGUUGCCACCAGGGGGUUGUCAGCCUUUUCCCAGGUUCUGUUACCUUUGCGGCGAAUCGCGACAUUGACUGCAAAGAGACUGGUCCAAGGGACUUGCUGCAAUGCCAAGAGGGCAUCGAAACCGCCGUCUUGAACACCCCCAGAUGGGGUGGACCUGGUGGCACUGCGGCCAGCCAGAUGUAUGUCUACAACCACUAUGGGCAACAAGCUGGAGCUAUUGGCAUCACGAGUGGUUGCCUCCCAAUUGACCCUCUCAACCUUGGGGCUUGUUAA